CCGCCCCGUCAUUGUCCCCGUCUCCUUUUCCCUCCCGUCCGUCCUAAGCGCUUUUGAGAGUUGCUGCCUUCCCCCGCUGCCCCGCGUCUCUCCGCCUUCAGUGGGGCCAGCCUCGCGAGCAAGAUGGAGGGCUGCCUGGGGGAGGAAUCUUUUCAGAUGUGGGAGCUCAACCGGCGCCUGGAGGCCUACUUGGCGCGGGUCAAGGCGCUAGAGGAGCAGAACGAGCUGCUCGGCGCGGAGCUCGGGGGCCUCCGGGCGCAGACAGGGGACGCCUCGUGGCGGGCCCGUGCCGACGACGAGCUGGCGGCCCUGCGGGCCCUCGUCGACCAGCGCUGGCGCGAGAAGCACGCGGCCGAGGUGGCGCGCGACAACCUGGCGGAAGAGGCGGAGGGCCGGCUGCGGGCGGAGCGCGGCGGCCUCCGGGAGCGCCGGGCGGCGCUGGAGCAGCGGCUGGAGGGCCGCUGGCAGGAGCGGCUGCGGGCCACCGAGCAGUUCCAGCUGGCGGUGGAGGCCCUGGAGCAGGAGAAGGAGGGCCUGCAGAGCCAGAUUGCCCAGGUCCUAGAAGGUCGGCAGCAGCUGGCACACCUCAAGAUGUCCCUUAGCCUAGAGGUGGCCACAUACAGGACCCUCCUAGAGGCUGAGAAUUCCCGGCUGCAGCCCCCUGGCGGUGGUGCCAAGGCUCCCCUCAGCUUCCAGGACUCUAAGCUGGAGCUGCAUUUCUCUGGGACCCCAGAGGGCCAGCAUCUGGGACCUUUGCUCUCUGCCCUGAGCCCUACUCCCCUCUCCUCGCCCUUGCCCGAUACCCUGGAGACACCCGUGCCAGGCUUUUUGAAGACCCAAGAGUUCCUCCAGGCCCGUACCCCAACCUUGGCCAGCACCCCCAUCCCGCCCACACUUCUGGCUCCCUGUGCUGUUACAGAUGCAGAGAUCAAAGCCCAGGACGCCCCCCUCUCCCUGCUCCAGCCACAGAUUGGGAGGCAGCGGGCUCCAGAGGCCAGGUGGGCUGAAGCCAAGGUGGCCGUCCCUACCAGCAUCCUGCCUGGACCAGAGGAACCCGGGGGCCAGCAACAGGAGGCCAGUACAGGCCAGUUCCCUGAGGAUCGUAUUUCCUUGGCCCCACCCCUCAGCCCUGACCACCCCAGUUUAGAGGCCAAGGGCGGAGAACCUGUUGGGUCUGGAAUGUCCAGCAGAUUCCAGGAGGAAGGUGAAGGGCAAAUUUGGGGGCUGGCAGAGAAAGAAACAGAUAUAGAGGUCAAAAUGGUGAACGGUUUGCAGCAGGAAACAUGGCAAGAAGAUGUGGGUCUGAACAUGAGGGAAAUCCAGGACUCCCAGAGUCCUUUGGAAAAUGAAACUCUGAAGUCUCUGGAAGAGGAAAUUCCAGAGCCACUGAUGUCUCUGGAAAAACAGACCCAUGAGACACUGAGAUCUCUACAGAAGGAGAAUCCAGAAUAUCUGAGGUCUUUAGAAGAGAGUUUAGACACAUCAAAAGGUCUAGAAAAGGAGAAACAAGAGCUAUUGAAGUCUCUAGAAGAAGAGGAUGCAUAUGUAGUGAGACCUCUAGAAAAAGAGGCUCUAGAAAUACUUGAGCCUAUAGGACUUGAGCACUCACAGACAUUGCAAUCUCUAGAAAGGGAGAAUCAAGAACUAAUGAGGUCUCAUGAAGGUAAUCUAGAGACAUUUUUAUGUCCAGAAAAUGAUAGUCAAAAAUCAGUGAGGUCUCAAGAAGAGAACUUUGAGUCAAUAAGAGAUCUAGAAAAGGAGAAUCAAGAGACUCUGAGGUCUCUAGAAGAUGGGAAUCGAGAGAACUCAAGACUAUUAGAAAGAGAGAACCAAGAGUUUCUGAACUCUCCAGAAGAUGAGAAGCACAAGACCUUGGGAACUCUAGAAAAUGAGAACCAGGAACCUCUGAGGUCUCUAGAAGAAGACCAGGACACAGUGAAGCCUCCAGAGAAAGAGAACCAAGAGCCAGUGGGGUCUCUAGAAGAAGACCAGAAGACACUGAGACCUCUAGAAAAAGAGAACCAAGAGCCUGUGAAGUCUCUAGAAGAAGAACACCAGGAGACAUUGAGACCUCUAGAAAGAGAGAACCAGGAGCCAGUGAAGUCUCUAGAAGAAGAACACCAGGAGACAUUGAGACCUCUAGAAAGAGAGAACCAGGAGCCAGUGAAGUCUCUAGAAGAAGAACACCAGGAGACAUUGAGACCUCUAGAAAGAGAGAACCAGGAGCCGGUGGGGUCUCUAGAAGAACACCAGGAGACAUUGAGACCUCUAGAAGAAGAGAACCAGGAGCCAGUGAAGUCUCUAGAAGAAGAACACCAGGAGACAUUGAGACCUCUAGAAAAAGAGAACCAGGAGCUGGUGGGGUCUCUAGAAGAAGAACACCAGGAGACAUUGAGACCUCUAGAAAGGGAGAAACAGGAACCUCUAGAAAGAGAGAACCAGGAGCCAGUGGGGGCUCUAGAAGAACACCAGGAGACACUGAGACCUCUAGAAAGAGAGAACCAGGAGCCAGUGAAGUCUCUAGAAGAAGAACAGGCAACCCUGAGGCCUCUAGAAAAAGUGAAACUAGAGCCACUAAAGUCUUUUGGAAAAGACCAGGAGAUAUUUAGACCUCUUGAAAAAGAGAAUCAACAAUUAUUAAGAUUCCUAGAAGAGGGUGCAGAGACAAUGAGAUCUUUGGAAACAGAGAAUUUAGAGUCAUCACAGUCUGCAAGAGAAGACUUAGGAACAUUGCAGUCUCUAGAAACUCAAGAGUCAUUGUGGUCUCUAGAAAAAAUGAAUCAGGAGGCAGUGGAACCUCUAGAAAAGGAAAGUCAAGAACCACCGGAGUCUGUGGAAGAGAACCAGGAAACAUUGGAACCCCUAGAAAAGGAGAAUGAGGAGUCACAGAGAUCUCUGGGAGAGUGGAGCCUAGAAAAUUCGAGACCUUCAGAAGAGAGAGGUCAGGAAAGUCAAAGGUACUGGGCAGAGGAAGAGACCCUGGAGCAGAUGGAGAAUCAGGAGUCCUCAGGGUCUUUGAAAGAGGAAGGGCAGGAGUUGCCACUGUCUGCCCCCCAGCAGGGCAGGGACGAGACUGUGGGGGAGCAAGCACCGGAUCAGGAAAUGCCCCCUGGUGGCACUGCAGGGGACAAGGAGGCUGAGGCAGUGCUGGCCGGGAGGGAGUGGGAUGGCUUCACAGGCAGGGCUGGGGGGCAUGGGGAGUGGCAGCUGGCGGCCACAGGGGAGGUCUGGAGCGCAGGUGAGGGGCACCCAGGGAGCCCUGAGCCCAAAGAGCAGAGGGUCCCAGUUGAGGCAGCCGAGGGGGAGGGAGGCACUGAGGGCUUCCAGGACCCUCCAGGGCAGCCGGAGCAAGUGGGGGGCCCGGGCCUCCAAGCAACACAGGGAGUGUCAGAGGGGAGAGACCUGGUGUUGGACGGUGGAGAGGAGGCCCCGAGGGGCGGCUGGGCCUCCUCAGAGGUCCCCUCGUGGUUAGACACGGGCGCGGGAAGCCAGCAGGGGCCAGAGCAGGAGGCGGCAGCGCCAGCCAUGGGCGAGGAAGGUUUGGAGGCAGAGAGGAGGCAGGGCUUGCAAGGGCCCCAGAAGGACCCAGAGGAGGCAGCUGCUCUGGAACCAGAACUUUCCACCAUGCUGAGGAGGAGCACAGACCUCCUGGAGCCGCUCAGGUGCGGGGAGGAGUCAGAGCCUGAGGCCCCCUGGGGAGCAGAGGGGCGGUUCCCUGCCGAGAUUGGGGGUGGUCCCCCUCAGCCCGGGCCCCUGGGGCCAGAGGAAGCUGGGGGAGGUUCGGAACUAGUGCCAGGGCCCCCCAGCCCCAGGCCCACGGAGCCCCGGUCGCCAGCGCCAAUCCCUGGAGAUGUCCCUGGGCCCCAGCCCCUGGCUGAGGGGGGCCAGGAGGUUGGCUGGGGGCUGCAGGGCAGAGCGGAGGCUCUGGGAGGGGUGGAGGGGGAGCCCGAAGAGCUGGGUUCUGAGGGGAGCUCGGAGGAUCUCCAGGAGGAGGGGGAGGAGAACCGAGAAGACAGCGAGGCUGAUGAGCUCGGGGAGACCCUUCCUGACUCUACCCCCCUGGGCCUCUAUCUCCGGUCCCCCGCCUCCCCAGAGUGGGACCUGCUUGGAGAGCAGAGGCCCUCCCCUCAAGGGGAGACCAGAAAGGAAGGCUGGAUUCCUUCGGUCCCGGGCUGUGGGGCCCAGCCUGGGGGGGAGGGGAAGGGGGAGGGGGAGGAGGAAUGUGGUCAGGACUCUGACUUGUCAGAGGAAUUCGAGGAUCUGGAGGCUGAGGGCUCUCUCCUUCCCGGGGGCCCCGGAGAGGCCGCGGAGCCUGGGGGCCAGGAGCCCCAGCUGCUGCUGAAGCCUGCAGCCUGGGAAGGGGGCGGGGAGUCCGAUGGGUUUGCAGACGAGGAAGAGAGUGGGGAGGAGGGAGAGGAAGACAAAGAGGAAGAAGAGGGCAGGGAGCCAAGGGCCGGCCGGUGGGGCCCGGGGCCCUCUGUCAGCACCCUCCGGGCUCUGAGUGGCCCUCAGAGGGGGACCCUCCCGGGGGCUGAGACCAUGGAUGUCAGUGUCCCCUGGGGUGAUGGCCUGAGGGGCGUCGCAGGUGAGGAGUCCCAGGACAGCACGGAGCCCUCGGGCUCAGAGGAAGAGUCUGACCCCGCCCCCUUGGACAAGGAGGACUCAGUCCCUGGCCCUCUGGAAACUCGCGGGGGGGUGGAUGACACCGGCCUGGGGGUAGGGGACACCCUUGGUGUCUAUGGCCAGGCCCCCAGCUUGAAGCAGGAAUUAGAGCAGGUGAAUGGGGGGGUGGUAAACGGGCUGGAGCAGCCGGAGGCAGGAGGGCAGGGGAAACUGGGGGACCCCGAGGGGGACCGAGGGAGCCCCUUGGAGGACGAGGAGGAGGGGGGUGUCCUGAAGACCCCUUGGGCGGGACCCCCUCUCCACCUGGGCCCAGGCCAGUUCCUGAAGUUCGGUCAGCGGGAGGGAGAUGCAGAGUCCUGGUCCUCAGGGGAGGACUAGAGAGAGAGCCUCUCUUCCUCCCUGAGGACUUGGUGGGGUGGGGGUGUGAUCCCCAAGCCCCCUCCCUGCCCGGAGACCGCACCCUUAAGUUAUGAUCUCUUGACCUGUGGUCUCUGUCCCAGAGGCCUGACUGGCCAGGGUGAAACGGGGUGUGGCACACAGGUGCGGUCCAAGAAUAGAGGACCCUGAGACCCCGCGGGAGGGCCCCUCCAGCUGCCACUGUCCCACGAGGCUUAACCAGCUGAACCCCUGUAGGACUAGGCGCCUUUCCUUACAGCCCCCCUUCUCCCCUGCCUGUCCGUGGGGGAGGGCUCCUCCCAGGGGAGGGGCUGUGGCACUCUUGGCCACAGGGCCCCCUCAUCACCCUUCUCGGGGUGUGGCUGCUGGUCACUGUUUAACCUCUCUGAACCUCUGGCCACCAGGUGAAGGUGUUCCCCUGUCCUGAGCCCCUGUUUCCCUGCCACUGUGUCUGACUCAUCCCUGCCCGAAUAAAGUCAUGUUUCCACCUACAAA